AUGCCGUCGGUACAAAAUGUCAGUUCUGUCGCCCCCGGAACAACAACAGCAACUAGUGCCUCCAUAAGUGCCCCUAGAGAACCGACACCUGCCAUAUCAACGCAUAACAUUUUUAGUUCAUCAAUUGAAGAGCCCUUAAGUCUGCCGCCGUUAGUGCCCGGUCCUAAUGCGAGAACCCAGCCACCACAAGCUAUAUCGUCUGAUAAUGAGAACCUGCAACGACAAAUUGAUAUCCUGCAAGCCCAGUUGGCAAACGCUCAACGUGCUUUAAGAGCAAAUCAAAAUUUAAAUAUGCCAAGUGUUAUUGGACAAAAUGCGCCAGUAAUUCAAAUGUCCAUGCCAGUACAACGCAAACUUUAUGAUCUGCCUGAAUUUUGUGGUACUGCCGAGGACUGGCCAAUGUUUUUGUCUGCCCUUGAACAUUCGACAGCCGCAUAUUCGUACAAUAAUUUUGAAAAUUGUUUGAGAUUGCAGAAGGCUUUGAAAGGUGAAGCCAGAGAGUGUGUGAAGUCGUUGCUCAUCCACCCAAAUAAUGUGCCAACAGUUAUAGAGCAUUUAAAGCUACAAUAUGGUCGCCCAGAGUUGCUUAUUCGAUGCCAGUUGCAACAGAUGAAGGAAGUUCAGCCCAUAGCAGAAAACGCGAUCGAUAAAUUGGUGCCAUAUUCCAUUAAGGUCAGAAAUUUAGCAGCAUUUUUGGAAUCUGCCAAUGGUCAUCAACAUUUGUCGAAUUCAACUCUGAUGGAGGAGUUAGUCCAGAAGCUUCCAAUGAGUAAACGUUUGGAUUGGGCCCAGUUUGCUUCAACUUUACCUCAGUUGCCGACUAUUUCGGAUUUUAGUACCUGGCUCCAGCGUGUUGCAAAUUUGGUAAGAAGUGUGCAAAUAAGUAGUUCAAGUGGCGGUAGAUCUAGCAGUGAUCCAAAAAGAAAAGUGGUUUUAUAUGCUUCUGAUGAAUUGAGUGUGCCUAAUAGAUGGAGUGAAGUAAAGAGAUUGAAGUUGUGUUUUUCGUGUCUCAGUGGUGGCCAUUCAUGUAAAGAUUGUCGUCGGCGCAAGCAGUGUCCCAUGGAAAAGUGCCAAAGAAAUCACAAUAAAUUAUUGCAUGAAACUAAACCUAAUGAACCAAGCGAACGAUCCGUAAAUGUGCAGCCAACAGAGAGAUCUUCAACAGUCGAGCCAGUGCUUAGUUGUGUUUCCAGUGCUAGUGAAAAAAGUGAUUUGUUGUUCAGAGUGCUCCCAGUGGUUCUUUAUGGACCAAAUAGUGCUAUUGAAACUUAUGCACUCCUAGAUGAAGGUUCUUCGGUGACAAUGAUGGAUAGCUCUUUAGUGAGGCAGCUUGGACUGCAAGGUCGACAAAGUCAAUUGAAUUUGAGUUGGUAUGGUGGUAAAUCAGCACAAGAAGCUGUCAUGGUGGUGGAUCUUCAUGUGAGCGGUGUUAAUAAGAAGAGGAAAUACGCAUUGAAAAAUGUGUAUGGUGUCUCGAAUUUGAAGUUGCCUAGUCAGAGCUUUAAUGCGGAUUUAGUAAAGAAUUGUGGUGUUCCUUUAUGCUCCUAUGAAUGUGUGGCUCCAAAGGUACUGAUUGGUUUAGAUCAUUGCCAUUUAGGAUUGCCCGAUGAAAUAGUCCCUUUGGAAGAUGCUGGUCCAUAUACUGUCAAUACGCCUCUUGGAUGGGUUGUUUUUGGAAACGUGAAAAUAGGUCGCCCUGGAACACAAACUUGUUUGCUGACAACACAGUUGGAUAAUUUGAAUAAUUUGGUGGCAAGUUAUUUUGAAACAGAAAAUUUUGGUGUUAAGGCUCUACCGGUGAUUGAGUCAAGAGAUGAUUUGCGUGCACGAGAGAUAUUGAGAAAUUCGACGAAGAGGGUUGCCGGAAGAUUUGAAUCCAGACUACUAUGGUGUAAUGAUGACGUAGUCCUGCCGGAUAGCUAUUCCAUGGCACUUAAUCGAUUUUUUGGAUUGGAAAGGAAAAUGAAAAAUAAUGCGGAUUUUGGUGUGGCCUAUAAGAAAAUAAUAAGUGAAUAUUUGAAAAAAAAUUAUGUACGCAAAUUAUCAUUGAGUGAAGUUGAUACAUUUCAUCCGAGAACGUGGUACUUGCCCCACUUUGGUGUCGUUAACCCUAAUAAGCCAGGGAAAAUUCGUUUGGUGUUUGAUGCGGCAGCAAAGGUGGAAGGUGUCUCAUUGAAUUCAAAGUUAUUGAAAGGCCCUCAGCAGUACAAACCGUUGCCAUCCGUUUUAUUUAAUUUCAGAGUCGGUUACGUAGCUGUAUGCGGGGACAUAAAGGAAAUGUUUCAUCAAGUUGUUGUUGCUGAAGAAGACAGGUGUUCGCAGAGGUUCUUGUGGCGAGAUAAUGAAAGUGGUCCACCGGAAGUGUAUGAGAUGCUUGUGAUGACGUUUGGAGCUGCCUGUUCACCCUGUAUUGCCCAUUAUGUGAAGGAAGCAAAUGCAAUGGAGUAUCGGGAUCGUUUCCCUAGAGCCGUGAAGUCAAUUCUGGAUCAUCAUUAUGUAGAUGACUUUGUAGACAGUUUUGUUAAUCCGUCAAAAGCCAUUGAAAUUGCCGUACAAGUUCGUGAAAUACAUAAAGCUGCUGGGUUUGAAAUGCGUAAUUUUACAUCGAAUUCAUCAGAGGUGGUUGUGGGUCUCGAAGGCAGUUUAAAUCAUCAGGUCAGUUUCUUAGGUGGCUUAAAGGAGUUGGACGGUUCAACUGAAAAGGUUCUUGGCAUGCUUUGGGAUCCAAAGGAUGACGCGUUCAAAUUUGUUUUGAAAUUCCAUCGUGUGAAUUCGGACGUGAUCAAUGGUAAAAGUUGUCCCACAAAGCGUUAG